AUGGAUCGACUUGGCCUUUGCCUCACAGCUUCCUCACCUCACACGACGACAAGCCCAGGGCACAUCAUGAAAUCGCUACUGCUAUUAUCUCUUGCGUCAGCGGCAACCGCAACGCCAUCGGUUCAUAUUCCGCUAAUCCGUCGCUCCCACACCGGAAUUUUCUCUCCCGAUGACUUGGCUGCGCAACGUGAUGCCUUGGACGCAAAAUAUCACACGAACGGGGCAAUCACCAUUCGGCCCCGACAGAACGAGGGUGGCGUGUCGAUGGUCAACCAAAACGGAGACUUGUCUUAUUACGCUUUCAUGAACGUCGGAACGCCGCCAACUGCUUACGGGGUUGCGCUUGACACCGGAUCCUCGGACCUAUGGUUUCAAAGUGAAGCCUGUGUAGCCUGUGAUGGAGCCAAAAUCAGCACUACAUCCUCCUCCUUGCAACAAACAGGCAGACCAUUUUCGAUUCGUUAUGGCUCUGGAUCUGUGCAAGGCACCAUCGUCUCGGAUCAUGUAGAGAUAGGUGGGUUCGCGGUCGACAACCAAGUUAUGGGGUUGGUCACACAGGCAUCGGGUGUAUUGUUGAACGGGAGAUCGGCGGGGUUACUUGGGUUGGCAUUCCAGGUUCGUUAUGACGUGCGACAAAGGAUCGUCCCAUUCUGGGAGGCCCUUGUAACGAGUGGGAGAUGGUCUCAGCCGCUCAUGAGCUUCUGGAUGACGAGAUUUGGUAAUAUCUCUACCGUGCGAGUAGAAGAAUAUGGUGGGGAGUUCCGAAUGGGAGGUUUGAAUGCAUCGUUAUACACGGGUGAAGUCGAGUAUAUCGAUAUGCCUUCUAGUGUUCAGGCAUACUGGUCAAUACCUCUUAGGCAAAUAACCGUCAACGGGGGGCCGCCUAUAACUAUCACCAACCUCGGGGUCACUUCACUUGCCGCUAUUGACACCGGCACAAGUCUGAUUGGUGGCCCGCCCGAUAUCGUUGCUGAGAUUUACAGCCAAGUCCCUAAUGCCCGAAAGGGAACAGGCAACCUGGAGCGGUAUUGGGUAUUUCCUUGCAAUCAAGUUGUCAGCAUUACUCUCAAUUUUGGUGGCCGUACCUGGCCUAUAGAGCCAACCGAUCUCAUACUGGCGACAACUAAUCCAAGCGUUUGUGUUGGUGCAAUCUUCGAAGUCAGCAUGGGCGGGCUUGGGAAUCCAGACGUACCCCAGUGGAUUGUGGGUGAUGCAUUCCUGAAAAACGUUUACUCCGUUUUCCGAUACCAGCCUCCGUCAGUUGGGUUCGCGCAGCUCUCCGCUGCCGCUGGAGGGGCCCUUCUGCAACAGCCCAUUCCGACCACUGCUCCAACCCCCACCGCUCACCUCGGGGCCAUCGCCAAAUGGAGGCAUAUCCACAAUGGGCAUGAAUACCGCAGUAGCUUUCGUCCCACUGCUUCUUGGGGCCUUUACCUUGAUUUUCUGAUACCACACGAGAUUCUGCUCUUUUAUGACACUGUCGUUGCAUUCUCGGUCAUUAAAGCACAUGCUGUACCACGCCCUCGUAAGGCAGUAUCAGUCUCUUCAGCCUCUCUUAUCCGCCGAGGUAAAUCGCAUCCCACCCUCAACUUCGCUGCGGAGAGAAAAGGCCUACAGGAAAAGUAUGGGGGAAAGUAUGGUAGCACGAGUUAUAGCACCAGGAGCAACAUAAUCCAAGAGGACAUGGUAAACCAGAAUAUGGAUGUCAUGUACUAUGCUUCGGUGGAGGUUGGAACGCCGCCUCAGUCAUACGCGGUUAUUCUUGAUACCGGUUCUUCUGAUAUGUGGCUACAAAGUGUUGCGUGCGCCCCUUGUACAGGGAAGAAAAUAGAUCCCGCUACCUCAUCAACUCUACAACCUUCCUCUUCGUCGUUCUCAAUCGCCUAUGGAAUCGGAUCUGUUAGAGGGUCACUUGUAAAUGAUGUGGUGUCCAUUGGGUCAUCUCCCGCUUUUACCGUUCAGAACCAAAUCUGGGGACUCGUGAAUUACACGCUAGGGACACCGGUUCCGGGUAAUAUUGCAGGACUAAUGGGCCUAGGAUUCAAGAACCUGGCUGCAUCUCAAGCAACACCAUUCUGGGAAACCCUCGUCUCCAACAACCAAUGGGAUGAACCCGUGAUGAGCUUUUGGAUGACGAGAUAUGGCAAUAUUUCUUCUGCAAGCGAUGCUGAAUUUGGUGGGGAAUUCAUCUUGGGAGGUACCAACGAGGCCCUGUACACUGGUGACAUCGAGUUUGUCUCGCUACCGUAUGCUUCAAACCCCACUUUUUGGGCGAUUCCAAUCCAUUCCAUUACCGUGAACGGAAAUGAGAUCUCGACCGUCGCCUCAGACACAUCGGCCGCACUAGCCGCGAUCGACACCGCAACGUCAUUGAUUGGCGGGCCUCCAAGUGCGGUUAGGAAACUGUACGCCGCAAUUCCUGGGGCAAAACAAGCCGAAGGGGUGCUAGAAGGCUUUUGGACACUGCCAUGUUCACAGCGCGUCGAGUCGACUCUAAAUUUCGGGGGUCGCGCAUGGGCAAUGUCAUCAGAUGAUUUUGUGCUUACUACCAGCACUCCCAACACAUGCGUCGGGGCGGUCUUCGAGACGAGCUUGGGAGACCCGGAUAACGCUCAAAUUCCCCAAUGUAAGUCUCUGAUUACAAAGCGCCUCUCGUCGCCAUCAGAAGUUCAUUCAACUUAA